GUCACCAAAACCUUCUCGAAGUUCAAGUCAGCACGACAGCGAAGCGAUGUGCAGCGCUCGACUCAAGCACUCUUCUUUAUCCCCGUUCGAAGCGCGAAGAAUGCCCGAUUUGAUUCGGAUCUCGGAUUCGCGGAGGAAAUCGGCGAGCGGCUGCUCCGCUCCGGAGGAAAGUUAGGGGUUUCAGUCUGAUUUCAUUAUUCCACAAUGGUAUUUGGUCUGUAGUGGGUGAAGCUGAUAACACGGAGAAGGCGAAAUUGGGUUUCUGCAAGAGUGUGAAAAAGAGGGCUUUGAAGGAUUUGUGUUGUUUUUAGAGGUUAAUGGGAAAGGGAGGAGGAUGCUUCCCGAGCAAGAAUCGGAACACUGUCUCUAGUUCUGUCAAGGCUUCCGCAAUUGAUCGUAAUGCCCCCAUUCAAGAGGAAGAGAAUACUGAGGGCAGUGCUGAGGUCGUUCAACCUGCAUCUUCCACAGCAGCACCAAUCGAGAACAAGCUAAAGAUCUUCAUUGUGUUUUAUUCUAUGUACGGCCACGUCGAGUCACUUGCCAAGAAGAUGAAGGAGGGGGUGGAUAGCAUAGAAGGGGCGCAGGGUAUUCUUUAUCGUGUUGAAGAGACACUCCCGCAGGAGGUCUUGGAAAAGAUGCGAGCGCCACCGAAGGAUCCAGCGAUCCCCCUGAUAUCGGCUGCUGAGCUGACAGAGGCUGAUGGCAUACUAUUUGGAUUUCCAACGAGGUAUGGGUGCAUGGCAGCUCAGAUGAAAGCCUUUUUUGAUUCUACGGGGCAGCUAUGGAGGGAGCAAAAGCUAGCCGGCAAGCCAGCUGGAUUCUUCGUGAGUACAGGGAGCCAGGGUGGAGGACAAGAAACUACAAUUUGGACUGCCAUAACUCAAUUAACCCACCAUGGGAUGCUCUUUGUUCCCAUUGGGUACACCUUUGGAUCUGGUAUGUUUGCCAUAGAUGAAAUCAGAGGUGGUUCUCCAUAUGGUGCUGGUGUUUAUGCUGGUGAUGGGUCUAGGCAAGCAAGUGAAGGGGAGCUUGCUCUUGCCCAGCACCAAGGCAAAUACAUGGCUUCUAUAGUCAAGAAACUGGCGCAUGCAUGAUGUAUUUCCCUUUUUCAAAUACCUAUUCUCUCUAUUUAAUAACUGUUAAUUGCCUUAUCAGUUGGAUGAAUAAGUUUCUGCCUUUUCUCUGUUUUUUGGGGUUUUUUUUAGCUCAGCCUGCUGGGCGUCAUUUAAAGUGUGCAAGGCGUUUCAAUCAAUGUAUUCUUAUCAUCUCUCAUUUUAAUUGUACUUCAAAUUUGAUUCA